AUGAACCUAAAUGUUCCACCGAUUAAUGGAAACACGGACGAUGAUUAUGAACUAGAUUCCUCGGAACUGAUAGAUGAUUCAUCUUUUUUUACGCCAGAUAUGAUGUACCAGCCCAUGAUAGACUCCGGUUUGAAUCAUCAUGCUGGUUACCAAGAUUUUGACUUUCAAAUGGAUAUGACACAAAUGGACCACUUGGUAGAUGCCAACUCGUUAAAUCUGCACUUUGAAGAUCAGUUGAAUGUAGCACAUGAUAUGGGUGCAUUUUGCGGUUCAUUUCCAAUACAACAAAAAUAUUAUCCAUCUCCGCCAUACGAAUCAGCAACAAUGAUGGAUCUGUCUGGACAAAUGCCAUUUUCUAUCUCACCUGAACAUUCACAUAUGUAG